GCUUUACUUCUUUGUGCCACGGAAACAUCACCAAAAAAUAGGUGAAGGUUUCGGUAAAAACGGGUUAAACCUAAAUCCACGAAAGAGUGUUGUGUUAUUGGAAUCAGUUCCGGACUCUGUGUACGUGUCCGGAAGACAGUGUUCACAGGGCAAGAAGAAGAUAGCUAUUUUGGGAAUACCGUAAAAGAUAUAUAAAAAAGAAACACCAUUAACCGUGUGCGUACACAUUAUUCUGCUCCAAUCGAUGUGUGUUGCAACGGGGAAGCUGUGUGCUGGAGCUGCCGCCGAUGAUGAUCAAAACGGAUGAUUGUUGAGCCGCAGACUCGUCCGGGGGAUGAUAAUUUCGUGCUAUUUAUUUUCCUGUCUCUCUAAAACCAACAUUCAGCUAAAUAAAUAAACUACAUGCACAUCAAGAGUGGAGCUUUGUAUUGUACGAAGAAAAAAUCAGAGUGAAAUUGGUUUCAUUUUCGGUUUGGUGGCCGUCGUAGGAAACCCGCGAAGCAAGAAGAGGUGCUAAUUGGAAGAAGUUGAUGAAAAUCGUUUGAAAGUGGAAUUCGAUUCUUAUAGAAAAGCGGUUAUCAUCAUUGUUGGUUGCACACUUCAAUCGGUGUGCUUGCAAGAAAAAGAAGGCAUCGAAGGUUUCGACGUCACGGACAAUGAACACUGACCUACCGGUGUGAGCACGGACCGCGCGGCAGACACAAAAGUGGGAGCUGUUUUCGAGUUGCGUCCAGUUGUCUGCUACAGUCAUCACCACCGUCGACGUCGCAGUUGUGUGGUAACUGUGUCAAACAAAUUCAUUUCAAGGCCCAUCAAUCGAUGCUAACAGGCAAUAACUGCUGGCGAACUACAGCCAUGUGGUGGAGAAAGCAGCAGCGAAAAAAAAAUUAACGUCUACGAGAGAUUUGCACUUAUACUUUUAUUAUUCCGACGAUUAAUCCGACCCGUUCGAGCUGUGCGUGUUUCUUUUAUGAGUGUAGUUUGAUUUUUUUAUUUUUCCGCUAGGAAAUUAACAGUUUACUUGUGUAUAGAGCGCGAAAUAUGCCAAUGGGCUACCACCGCCAGUGCAAGUGAAAAUUCCAAACCGCAGAAGAGAAUUAUCGCGUGUGAUAUGCUUAUUCCAUUUUGGUAGGGCCCUCAGUUAUAUCUGUUUUUAGGUUUCUGUUGUAGGUUGUUUUGAUGUGGUUUAUUCCUUGGAGGCUUACCGUGAAUUGUUUACGGCAACAAAAUAGCUAAGGCUGGAGAAUUGCUUGAACAGCGUGGGCAAAAAUCCUUUCCUGUUUAUGUUUAUAUGUGCAUAGUCCGUUGAGCAAGAUAGGUCCCCGCUACCAUCGAAACGGCGUACAGAGCCGAGUGUGCCGACAGUGUCAGUGUGUGCAAGUGUACCGACGACGGCUUGCCGUUGACGUCGACGGAGAGUGGAGCAGUGCGAUGUGUUAAUGUAAUUCAAUUCGUAUUUAUCGCUAGUGGUCGGAAGCGUUCCGGUGUGCUGCACUGGUGCGGCAGGUAACACGCGGUAGUGUCCCGUGCCAGACAGUACACGCGCGCCGGGUGGUAACAGUGCAGUGAGUGCAUUACUCGGCGGAAGUAACGUGAAGAAUCCCAACCAUUCAGUGAGCAGUUACGUAUACGUGCCGUAAAUAGCAAAGCUGGCAAUAGAGUCGUUAUAACUCUGUUACCAAAAUCCAAUCGAUCAGUCUUCGCCAUCCCGGUGGAGCGAGAAAUGACCACCAUCAGCUACUCGAGAAUGUUCCGAGGCAAGAUUCGUACCAACACAUGCCGGAUUGUGCUGCUCACAUCGCUGGUGUGGCUGCUGAUCGAUGUGAUACUGAUAAUGAACUACGCCGACUGUCUCGGUGGCUCCACGUGGCUCUGCAAGCGGACCGGCGAGUACGAUGUCGAGCUUCCACACAGUGCACAGCAACGGCAGGAACUGCCGCAUUCGGCCGGACGAGGGGGUGCCGCCGCUAUAGUCGAGGACGAUGAUCAGAUAGUGGACGAGGAGGAGAUCGAUACAAAUUCCAACAACAUGGGCGACCAGGGAGGCUACGAUAGUUCGAUGCCCCGAACUUAUCGGCCGCAGGAUCUGAAAAAAUGGCGCCCUGCACCGCAUGUGGGCGAGAACUACGGGAAGCCCGGUGAACUCGGCAAGCCGGUGAAAACCCCUCCCAGCCAGCAGGAGCUAAUGAAGGAGAAGUUCAAGGAGAAUCAAUUCAACCUACUGGCCAGUGACAUGAUCUGGCUGAAUCGGUCACUGACGGACGUGCGGCAUCACGACUGCAAAAAGAAACACCACCCGGCCAAGCUGCCAACCACCUCGAUAGUGAUUGUAUUCCACAACGAAGCCUGGAGUACCCUGCUGCGAACGAUCUGGAGUGUCAUCAAUCGGUCGCCCCGACCGCUGCUCAAGGAGAUCAUCCUGGUCGACGAUGCCAGCGAACGGGAACACCUCGGCAAGCAGCUGGAGGACUACGUCGAAACGUUGCCGGUGCAUACCUACGUCUUGCGAACCGGCAAGCGUUCCGGACUGAUCCGAGCGAGACUGCUCGGUGCCAAACACGUCAAGGGUCAAGUGAUAACCUUCCUGGACGCUCACUGUGAAUGCACGGAAGGCUGGCUGGAACCGCUGUUGUCACGUAUAGUGCUAGACCGCAAGACUGUUGUGUGUCCCAUCAUUGAUGUGAUAUCGGACGAAACCUUUGAAUAUGUGACCGCUUCCGACCAGACGUGGGGUGGCUUCAACUGGAAGCUCAACUUCCGAUGGUAUCGAGUACCGGCCCGAGAGAUGCAGCGACGGAACCACGAUCGAACGGCUCCCCUCCGAACGCCGACCAUGGCCGGUGGCCUGUUCUCGAUUGAUCGAGACUAUUUCUACGAAAUAGGCUCGUACGACGAAGGCAUGGACAUCUGGGGUGGAGAAAAUCUUGAAAUGUCCUUCCGGGUGUGGAUGUGCGGUGGCACUCUGGAAAUAGCACCCUGUUCCCGGGUAGGCCACGUUUUCCGCAAAUCAACGCCGUACUCCUUCCCGGGCGGUACAUCGCAGAUCGUUAACAAAAAUAACGCCCGUCUGGCGGAAGUGUGGCUCGACGGUUGGAGUGAAUUUUACUACAAUAUUAACCCAGGUGCUCGCAAGGCUUCCGCAGGCGACGUCAGCGAACGGAAGGAACUUCGCGAGCGGCUAAAGUGCAAGAGCUUCCGCUGGUACUUGGAGAACAUCUACCCCGAGAGUCAGAUGCCGCUGGAUUACUACUUCCUGGGCGAGAUUCGAAAUGUGGAAUCUGGCAACUGCCUCGACACGAUGGGCCGCAAGUCGAAUGAGAAGAUCGGUAGCAGCUACUGCCACGGGCUCGGUGGCAAUCAGGUGUUUGCCUACACCAAACGGCACCAGGUGAUGUCCGACGAUAACUGCCUAGACGCGUCCAAUGCGCUCGGCCCGGUGAAUCUGGUCCGAUGCCACGGGAUGGGUGGCAACCAGGAGUGGGUGUACGAUGAAGAGGAGAAGACUAUCAAGCACGUCAACAGUGGGAACUGCCUGACGCGGCCCACGCCGGACGACCCGGCCACGCCGCUGCUGCGACCGUGCAAGUACAGCAAGGGCCAACAGUGGCUCAUGCAGUCCAAGUUCAAGUGGCAAGCACAACACGACAAUCGAAUCAGCGACGACAGAUAAAACCAGCCAACCCCAGAGGGAAUGGUUUCGCCACAACCACCACCACCAUCAUCAUCAUCACCAUCAUCGACGUCAUAACCGGAUCAUGUGUAGAUCAGCCGGAGUCAUCAUGUUUCACAGCAAAGGGAUUAAUAAUCUAACGCGCGACGACGCGCGACUUGACGCCGCGUAAAUCACCUGGGGGAUUGAGAGGGUAAUGUGAUUCCCUACGAUAUAUCAUCGCAAUUUCGGGUCGUACGUCCGUCGGUCCACUAGCGGCGACUGGGGAAUGAACCUUUUUGUGGUUAUUUUAGUCGAUUUAUAUCUGGAUAGUGUAUUUAGGAAGUAAGCAAAGUUAGACAUUUUUACUAUUGAUUGAGUUUAGGAAUUAAUUAGAGAUAGCUAACAAUUUCCACGUCCGUCUUUCGUGUGCGUGUGUUUGAGAUGAACAAUGAGUACCUAUUGGGAAUGACUGCGGUUUUUGUAGCACGAUGAUGACACUGGAAAGGCGACAGAAGCAUGGAUGGUGCAAUUAAUGAACGUGACUAUUAGAUUUUGUUCCAAGGGUGAGUGAACUUUCUGGACGUCGUCGUUGUGAGACAUGCGAAUAUUUGCCAGCAAAACAGUAAUAAUAAAUACCAGAAUCCCGACCAGGGUCCAGACAGCUAGGAGAAAAGGUUUUGCAAUGUAUAUACAUAAAAGCGUAAGCGCAUUAAUAUAGUUUUCCCCGUCUUACUGGAUGAGUGAACUCGUGCUGGAAUGCACCUAAGGUGAGAGGCAAUUUUACCCAUUAGCACAAGCGGAAAUGUUCCUAAUCUCCCGGAAAGAUCAAAAUUACAAAGGAAACGCACGAGUUGAGCGGAAUUGAUGCUAGCUAGACCAACAGUAAAACAAAUGGAGCCGCUUGGUAGAUAACAGAUCAUGAAUGACGCAUAUCACGUAGAAAGAAGAAAUCAAUUAAGGAAUUCAGACACCACAACUGAUUCAUCGUUUCAGCACUGCAAGCUAUGGAUGAUGGCCGUCUUACAGUUGUCCCGUUAUUUGGAUAUGAAUUGACACCGGCAAACAUUUCAUUGAAAGCAGUGUGCGUUGGUUGACACUCUAGUGUGAACGUUACAUAAAACGAUCGUGUAGCGUGUCACCGAUUCGUUCAGAUUUACCUGGAAUGUAACGCAUCGAAUCCUGUUCCAUUCUGAUGGGCGUAGUGGAUUUUAUAAAAAUUGUACGUAUGAGUAAACUUGUUGGGAGUUCCAAACUUUCAAAUUUAGCCCCGAAAACAACGUAAGAAGAAGUCUGGCAAGUCUGCCGGAAUCCAAGGGACAGAUACAGUUGAGUAAAGAUAGAACCACUGCGAAGAAAAAUAAGUAAAAAUUCCCAAUUCUGUCUUUUGAAGUUGACUUCUUUGUUGUCCAAUUCGUUCGAUGGCGAGAACGUGUUUGUCUCAUAUAGAUUGUAUGACAAAGCGUGAGAGUGACCAGUCUUCUUGAUAUGCUGCUGCUUUUAAAUAAUCAUCCUUUUUACAUUUCGUUCAAUAACAAUAAUCAAAUAGUCACCGUUAUUCGGGAAAUUUUACACAUUCGUUUGUAUCCAUUUAAAUUUUUAAAUAAUGACUGGCAAAAUUCUGCGCUUUAUUCUGCAUGCUUUCUCUCGAAAGACCUGCAAAGCAAUAUGCAAAACUGAUGGAUAUUAUUUUGAUUUUGAUCAAUUCAGCUUGUCUAGACCAUUUUUUUUCUGUUAAAAUAAUGUUGGUAAAUACAUAGUGUAUCAUUCCAACCAUUGGUAUACAUUUGUUAAACAAUUGUUUGACCAAGCUCUUGAAAUUUACCCCGCCGGGGGCGGGCUUGGGCAGUAGAGGGUUAAUUGACCCCUUCAUUGGAAAAUUGUACUCCUAAUAACUUAUCAGCAUAAAGCGUUCCUUGUCGUUUACCACGACCAAAAACACCAUAAGUAAAAUUUGCAGCCAACGACCAUCUCGCCGCUGAUUCCAGAAUUUUAAAUCUUUUGAAACAAAGCACGAUCGCGUGUAUUUCAUUGUUUCGAACCUAAUCAAUAGGUGUCACUACAACACCCGUAAAAAAAAAACCCGGACCACUCUGCAUUUACGCAAGAAUCGUUUUUACAGCUAUGAAACAAGAAACACGUAAAAGCUACCGUUUGUAAACUACAUCCCUGUAUAAAUGUUACACUUGAGAAGAAGAUUGAUUAAUCCAUAAAACCGACUGUAAAUAAGUAGUUGUAUUAUAAAGUAAAACAACAGAAGCAGAAAAAUUCAACUAAGAUGAAGAUGAAUGAGACAGAAAAAAUAUAUCAUUUAAAACUAGCAAAACAAAAAAACACUCCACGUGAUAGUAGUUUGCAAAACAACAGUAGUUGAAAUAUACAAUGUGGAAAGAAGAAGUGAAACGGUGUCAGAAAAUCAAAUAUUAUCAUCAGCACAAGAAAGAGAGCUUAAUACGUUUUUUUUUUCAACAACAACAACAAAUCGUCUUCUUUAAACUAGCAACUUCAAUUUGAUUGAGCUUAGCAUUUAGUUAUUAGGUAGUCUGGUUUAUUUUAAUUCAGGUGAUGGUGUGCAAUUGCUCUUUUAAGCUUAUUUAAAUUUUCCUAGGAUAUCUAUAAAGUUUGAAUUAAAAACCCUUCUAGCCAACUCAACCCCGAUUGAGUUUGCCAGAUACAGCGAUAAUAAAUGCAAGGUUGUUAAUUUAGUUAAAACGUAAACGUACAUUGAAGCAAGGCUGUAAGUUGUUUUAAAACAGAGAGAUAAAUAGCAAGUACGCGCGUAGCUACACUUUUAUCACUAUUUUGUCGCCACAAAAGAAAAAUCAACAAAAUCUGCAUCACAAACCAACAAUAUUCGAUAAGGAAACAAACCAGUUUUCCUUACCUCAGUAUUAGGCUACUUCCGAGUAUGAUGAAGAAAACUAGAAUCUUCCGUAGCAAUGUUGUAUUAAACUUAUCAAUCGUAACAUUCCUCCUCAAAAACCGUACAGAUAACAGCAGAACAAAGUCUAACAAACACACAUACAAAAAAAAACUACCUUCCAUAAGAAAACAGAAAGUGGCUGAUUUCGUACUGAUGCUAAGUUUUGUUAUUUAACGUUGGAUUUUUAUUUAAUGCAACGCAAGGCCGAUCCAAUUCAAUUGCAAGGCAUAUCAGUCACUGAAGAUCGCGGCGGUUCUUUGUUUGUUGACACAAUUUCCCUUGUUGAUUUUUUACGACGAGAACUGCAUAUCCGCGUUCAUCCGGAUACAAAAAGAAGCAAAACUGUUGAAAAAACAUAAUUGAAAAACAGCUAAAAUAAUUUGCAAUCGGUCCUGAGAAAAAAAAAGAUGAUAAUUUAUAAUAUACAAUUUGGCAUGAUAUCGUAAACCUUGCAAGAAUGAGAGAACAGUCAGUGUGCGCGAUUGCGAAAGGGUAUGUAAUUUUUUGAGUAUAGAAUAAAAUAUCGAAGUUUUUAA